GAACACGUUGGAAAAAGAGCUUCAACUUCAGCGGUGAGGCAUUCGUCGACGGCUCAAAGACUGGGAUCGGAAGUUGCCUAAACGCGUCAAAAAACAAGCAAACAAAAACACAUCAAAGUGGAGGCCCGACGGAGAGUUUGGGCUUCGCUUCUCUUUCUUUCGAGUCGUAAGAAGCAGAGUUAUUUUGCAACUUUCACUCCGUUUUGUCUUUUUCAUCUCUCUUACUCUGGUCCACUCUGCGUUAUGCUUAUGCAUCUCCAUUUCCUGUGAACCUCAUCUUUUCCACUGUUGCUUUGGUCUGAUGCAUUAAUUAAAAAAAUGUUACCAUAUUAUUGUAUUGUAUUACUAUAGCAGUAGGAGCUACUGCUACAGUACACGCAUUAUUAUUCCUAUUCCUCAUCUCACCCCAAACACACCACAGCCUCACACGCCCUAUAAAGUAAAGUGAUAGCCAGAGCCAGAGACAUAGAAAAUGGAGACUGAGGGUAAGGCUCAGGCUCACACCAAAGCUUCAAGCUCCCCCCCCAGCGCCUUACAUUGCUCCACUACUCGAUGCUCCACAAAUGGCGUUCACACCAAAUCUAAUGCUAAAACUCCAAGAAAGCCCGGCGGAUGGAAGUCCAUGCCCUAUAUCCUUGGAAAUGAGACGUUCGAGAGGCUGGCUUCGCUGGGGCUACUGGCCAACUUCAUGGUGUAUCUCAGAAAAGUGUAUCACAUGGAUCAAGUUUCUGCCACCAGCUUGAUGGGCAUAUGGACCGGCGUUACCAAUUUUUCGCCUCUAAUUGGCGCCUUUCUCUCCGAUGCUUAUGUGGGUCGCUACUGGACAAUCGCCGUUGCUUCCAUUUUCUCUUUUCUCGUAAUCUCCCUCUCUAUGUCUCUUAUCCAGCUGUGUCCAUCGCCUGUGUGUUAACUUUUCUUUUACCCUUUGGGGUUUUGUUGAAGAUUUGGUUGCCAAUAUUUUAUUUCAUCU